AUGGCCACCGUGAGCCACGGCGAAGCUCUCGUUCGUCCAGGGAGCCCACCCACUCGACCCGGCUCUGGGGGACCCCGUCCUCGGGGCGCCGCCUACCCGAGAGCGGCCCGAGGGCGGCCUGGGCCAGCUCUGCACGACAGCUACGACCCGGCUGUGCGCUUCAAAGGCCGCCGGCCUCCGGGAGGCAGCCCGGCGCGGGCCUUUGUUCGCAGCGCGGCCCCGGCCCAGCCCGGCCCGCACCCUGCACCCCACUCUCCGCACCUGCGCCCGGCCCAGCACGCACCCCGCACCCCUACCUGGCCCGCUCGCCUCGCAGCCCCGGCCCUGCCCGGCUCACACCCCGCACCCGCACCCGCACCCCUCCUUGCCUCGCGGCUCGCACCCCGCAUCCCGCAUCCCGCAUCCUCCACCUGCGCCUGCUCGCCUGGCGGCCUGCAGGAGCAGCCUCGUGCCCACCCAGCGCCCACGGCCGCCUGCCGUUCUUGCCUCGUGGCUCGGGCAGGUACUAUUGUCCCCAUCUGCACCGACCCGGGUUCAGAAGGUUGA